GAAGAAGAAAAUGGUCCGUCGGUCAAACAGUCCCCUCUUCGUUUCCCGAAACAGAAAACAGUGUCAGACUUGAAGAAGAAUGAAUGUCCUCACACACAUGCUGACAGACGCGAUUGAUCCAAAAGAAGAAAACGAUGGACAGAUCACGGAGGAAUGCAUGCUGGGAAGCUGCAGGGUCAACCUUCCAGAGGACCUGCUGGAGGACCCGGACAUCUUCUUCUCCGUGAUGAGCGAAAGCACCUGGACUGACGCACUGACAGAUUCCCAGAGGCAGCACCUUCGUCAGUUUUUACCACAGUUCCCUGACGACAACGUCGCGGAGCAAGACAGCACCAUCAGUGACCUGUUCAACAACAGAGAUUUAAACUUUGGAAAUCCCCUUCAUCUUGCACAAAAGCUAUUCAGAGAUGGUUACUUCAAUCCCGAGGUGGUCAAGUACAGGGAGUUGUGUGCCAAGUCUCAGAAGAAGCGACAGUUGUAUUCCCGCCAGCAGUAUUACCACAGACUGUUGAAGCAAAUCCUCGUCUCCAGAAAGGAGCUGCUGGAGUUUGCAGUUCAUAAUGGUUUGGACUCUCCACCCAAAAAAAAGUUGCCGACCAAGAGUCAAGCUGAAAUGCGGGAGCCAAGGGUGAGAAGAAGAUUGAGCCGAAUACUGAAGGAGGUCAAAACUGAGUGUGGAGACAGCAAUGCUUCAUCGGAUGAUGACGACAUAUCGUCAUGGACUGCAGCACCACAAUCACCUUCCUCUCCAAAUCCAACUGUUUCACUCAGAGUCUUUCCCAGCCUCUCUACCCAAGACAUGAAGAGUACUGAGAAAAUAGAACUGGGUGAGCGAGACUUGAAAGUCAUGCUGCAAAAUCAUCGAGAGAAGAGGAAGCGACAGCCUGACCAUCCGGACUUGAUGACCUCUGAUAUCCAUCUUGGAGAUGUACUUUCAAGAGCAAAUAUUGGUCGGAAGGGGAGUAAUAUGUUACUGUUCGAUCUGUCUCUACCUAAGAAGAAAAUGAGAGAUGAAAGGAAAAAAAAGAAAAUGAGGACAAUAAAAGUGGAAUCUGAGGAUCCCUUUGAAAGUCUUGCACCUACAGACACGGCGUCAGCCCCACAAGGGAACAUCAUCAACUCGCUGCCCGACACGCCGUCUACUCCACUGCAACACAUCAAGGAAGAAAUUGUGGAGGAGUGUCCGAGCAGCCCGGUUGCAGUUGAGGAAAUAGCUGUCAGCUUUUUCAGCUUGUUGGAGAGCAUCCUAAGGACAGAGACUCUUGGCAGCACUUCAAUGUUGGAGGAGAAAGUUCAGAUGUGGCAGUCCUCUCCAGCCAGUUCCCUCAACGUGUGGUUUUCAUCUGCUUCCUGUUGGUCUGACUUGGUUCUUCAGGCUCUGCAGUUUCUUGCAGGGGAGACUAAAGAUGGCAUGAUCGCGCUCCCCAGUGGCUUUGCUCCAUUUGUGGAGUUUUCGGAUGAAUCUCAGCAGUGGAGGUGGAUUGGCCCUGCUCAUGACACAGAGAAGGAUCUCAGUGCACUCUUCCAGUUGUGGAUGGACUCUAAAGAUUUAGUUGUCAAGACAGAAAGUGAGGACAUGUUAGAGAUGACUUCUCCCACGCAAAGAGCUUCGACUGAUUAUGUGGUGCGGCCCAGCACUGGAGAUGAAAGACAAGUGUUUCAAGUCCAGGAGCAGCAGCGAUACAACCAGCCACACAAAGCCUUCACCUUCAGGAUGCAUGGCUUUGAAUCGGUGGUGGGGCCUGUUAAAGGAGUGUUCGAUAAAGAGAUGUCUCUCAACAAAGCCAGGGAGCACACGCUGCUCCGCUCGGACCGACCGCCAUACGUCACCAUUCUCUCUCUGGUGCGGGAUGCGGCAGCCAGGUUACCCAAUGGAGAAGGAACAAGGGCAGAGAUCUGUGAACUGUUGAAAGACUCUCAGUUUCUUGCUCCAGAUGUCACUAGUGCUCAGGUGAACACAGUCGUCAGUGGAGCCCUGGAUAGACUUCAUUAUGAAAAAGAUCCUUGUGUAAAAUAUGACAUUGGCCGCAAACUGUGGAUUUACCUGCACCGUCAUCGCACUCAAGAGGAGUUUGAGCGAAUCCACCAGGCUCAAGCUGCAGCUGCAAAAGCUAGAAAAGCUCUACAGCAGAAGCCUAAACCCGCAUCCAAACCUAAGCCUGGAAGUAAAGACGGCGGCAGUAAAACCCCUGGAUGUUGGGAGGCGGGACAGGAUAUUGGCUCCAGUCCCAUGUCACCAACUCCAACAACACCCACCCCAAACACACCUGGAACCCCCAAGUCGCCCUUACCCUGCGCAGUCACCACGCCGACCAAAACUGUUGUCCCAGAAACAAUAAAAACCAGUCCAGGUGUUCUCCUAGUGUCUCCUCCUUCGCUGCCUCAGCUGGGAACCAUCUUGCCCACCACGAAGGCUGGCCCACCAGUGUCACACACGGUCACGUCUCAACACGCUGCUCGGAUAGUGAGUCAUCUGGCGGCGGGCUCCCUUCCUCAGGUGCGGGUAGUUACUACUCAGGCUGGUUUGACCUCAUCAGCAGGAGGUCAGCAGGCCACACUGGUCCAUCAGACCCCACAUCAGAUCAGAAUGCCGGUGUCGGUGUCAGCCAAGGGCAUUUCACAGACUGUGGUGUCUUUGCCUCUGAGGACGCAGUCUGGGGGUAGUUCAGUCCAGGUGCCAACCACCCUGUCUGUAACUGUAGCUAAACCUCCAACUGGAUCACCUGGAAGACCGGCUGGUUCCCCUGCUCUGCUCGCCGGCUCCAACAUCAAACAGGUGUCUAUCACAGGACAGCUGGGAAUGAAGACAGCAGGAGGAGCAGGAAUUCCAAUAACUGCUACAAACUUGCGCAUUCAGGGUAAAGAUGUGCUACGUCUUCCGCCCUCCUCCAUCACUACAGACUCUAAAGGCCAGACGGUGCUGCGGAUAACCCCAGACAUGAUGGCGACUCUCGCCAAAUCUCCAGUUGCAACCGUCAAACUCAGCCCUGACUUCCUGAGCACCGCCACCAGCAAGAGCAUAUCAGCCACUCUGCACAUGACGCCGCCGCGCCCUUCCUCUGCCUCCAGCGCAGGGGAAGUACAGACCACUAAAGCGGGCCACAUCACCUCCACCUUGUUGAAGGCGGCAGGUGAAACAGCCCUACGUCUGAUGCCGACACUGGCUGUCACGGCCGACCAAAAAACGAGGACCUUCUCCACCGUGACGUCACCUGACAAGGGUGGCGCCACCAUUCGGAUAAUGCCGGGGCUUGGUGUUAUCCCUCAAAAACAGGGUCAGACCAUCACAAUGACCACCACUUCUGGCAGUAAACCAAUCACUGUGUCCACUUGUGCUAAUGUGGUGACCAUGGCUGCCAGCGUUGUAGCUGGUGCCAAGGGGAUCACAGUGGCUCCUGGAUCCUCUUGUUCACCUCUGACGUUAGGAGCAGCUACAGCCACUGUGAGGCAGGUCCCUGCUACAGUGGUUACUACACAAACAGGGAAGUUACCUACACGAAUCACAGUGCCGAUCUCUGUCCUCAACCAACCACUGAAGAGCAAGAGCGUAGUGACCACACCGAUGGUUAAGGGAAGCCUGAGUGCAAACCUCAGCAGUCUGGGCAGGAACAUCAUCCUCACCACGAUGCCUGCUGGCACAAAGCUGAUUGCAGGAAACAAACCAGUCAGCUUCGUCACAGCACAACAGUUCCAACAGCUUCAGCAGCAAGGACAGGCCACACAGGUCCGCAUCCAGACGGUUCAGGCUCAGCAGCUCCAGCAGCACAUGGCCACGGGCUCUCCGAAAUCAGUUUCCACGGUCGUGGUCACAACGGCACCGUCACCCAAAUGUGCACCUGAUCCCCCAACGGCUCCUAAACAGUGAUCCUACCUGCUCAGCAGUGAAGCAUAGGUCCACUCCAUUACCAACAUGCCUGCAUUUGGUGAUUUGACUGAAAAUUCUACUUUAUAACAUUGUUGUUACAGUAUGUCAUAAGCCUUUAUUUUCCAUGUUGGACAAUCUGUAAAAAAAGCCAGAAACACCUUUCUUUUCUGUAAUUGCGUUCAGACUGAAGUUUUCAUUAUUCGUCUAUUUAAUUUGAUUUGCUGUAGCGGAAAAGUAAUAAAAACAUAAAUAGGCUAAAUCAGGCAGUUUACAAUUGCAAUCAUAAAAAGUCAAGAUUCGAUAUUCUACAUUUUCCUUUCAAUUGUCGACAAACUUUGGAAAUAACUGCUGUUCUGUGGUUAUUUUACCAACAUCUGCUUCAAAGGCACAAGUUUCCAAUUUCUUUAUGACUGUCACUUGAAUCUUGUGUUUGUCAUUUCAUUAAAUGUGUGAUGGAAUACAAUAUUGGUAUGUGUGAAGUGAGUUGGACUUACUUUGACUUGUUUGACUUAUUUUUUGUUUGUACAUCAUUAGGUCUCUUACCAGUCGUUAAAUAAAACAUAA